CUUAAACAUACUUGACUUAUACAAAUUACAAUAUGAUAUGUAACAUUGACACACAUUACUACUGACUACUUAGUUAUGAAUAUAGUACAUAACCCUAUGGACAAUAAAUGAUUGUUGACAAUAUAAAUAUUCAAAAACAAAUGAUUAAUAUAAUCUUAAUGUAUCACUAUAGUAAAUAAACUGAGUAUAUUUGAUUGGUGUUUAUAAUUUAGCUAAGGAUGUAUUUAAGUAUGAAUUCAGUAUUUAUACUACAGUGAAUAGUGGAGAAUUUAAUCUCUUUAAGAUUUCUACUUCAUUUAAUCUUUAUUUUAUAUUUUAAUUGAUCUAAAUGGUUAUAUUCGAAAAUUCUAAACAAAAUGAAGCUCCUUCUGGUGAUGUGGCAAAUGAUCACAAGAAUACCAACACACAUAUUGAAUCAUGUGAAGAAACGAUUAUAAACUUAUCAGUAUCAAACGACUCUAAUCACGAAAACUUUCAAAUAGCUGGUUCAAAUUCUCAGACUGAUCAUCGUUCGAACUAUUUCCGCAAUGAAAAAUCUCCAUCUUCUGAUUCAUCAAAACUUACUAAUAUCAAUGUCAGAUUAAGUAUUCAUACCAGUUCAAGUUCCCCGAAACCAUUUAAAUAUACAUUGAAGCUUAUUCCUAUACCACAAGCAUUGAAUUCAACUUAUAUAGAAGGAGUAUAUGAAGUUAUUGACAAUGGUAAUAAAUCAUCCAAUCAAAUGUCAAAUGUGAAACAAAUGUCAUCAAAGAAAAGCUCAAAUGAAGUGGAUGAAACUUACUUACAUCUUGCAAAAGAAACUUGUGAUCAGCUAGACAAGCUAAAACCAAAUCGAAUUUUGAACACUGAAUCCCAUUCUCUGCCAUCAAAUUCUCUGAGAACUCAAACAAAGGUGGAUGAAACCUACUUACAUCUUGCAAAAGGAACUUGUGAUCAGCUAGACAAGCUAAAACCAAAUAGAAUUUCGAACACUGAAUCCCAUUCUCUGCCAUCAAAUUCUCUGAGAACUCAAACAAAGAAUAGUUCAAAUGAAUAGGAUAACAACCAGCUCAUUCAUUUAUCAACGGCAUUAUUUCUCGAUAAUUUAUUUCAAUUAUUUUCAGGUUUAUUUUGUUUUUUCAUAGAUGCAUUAGUUCUUCAGAUUGACGUACAUGAUGUAUGAUGCUUAACUAACUAUUCACUGUGAAUAAACAAUUUAUAUGAUGAAUUUAUUCGCUUUUAAAUGGUUCGAUAAAAGAGUAGCCAAAAGGAUUAGUAAUAUUCCAAGUAUAGUGCCUAAGGCAACAAUAAAGGAAACUAGGGCCAAGAAAGGAUGAAAGGUUGGACGAAUCGUUUCUGCACGCAAAGUUUGGGCUUGAGUUCGUGGAUUACCAAUGCCUUAGUCCAACCUCUCAUUCUUCCUUGGCCCUGAUUCAAUAAAAUUUAUAAAUUGGAAAAUCCAUAGUUAGUAUUUUAGUGGCCCUUAAUCUGACUCCAAGUUGAUCGUUUCUGAUUGUUAUCGAAUGAUUGCUGUCAAAAUGUGAUUCAUGAAAAAUGAAUGAAUUGACUUGUCCAGAAGUCAGAAUAAGUUAUGUGAGCUUAACAUAGCAACCGACACUACAAUAUUCUAAGCCUUUGUUUUCUUAAUAAAUCUGUGAAGGGGUUGCCAUACACAGAGGGUCAUCUAAACUCUCUCUCUCUUUUUACUCCAUUCUUGAUAACCGGUACACUAAGUAAAGUAUGU